AUGCCUCCAAGGAGAUCCCACAAGAAGUCGAGAGCCGGCUGCAAACGAUGCAAGUCGCGCAAGAUCAAGUGCGACGAAGUCCACCCGAGAUGCGGCAAUUGCGUCAAGCACGGCGUGCCAUGCGACUUUGAGAACCCCGAUAUCUUCGAAGACCUCCUCACCGCCUUGACGCCCUCCAACACGACCUCCUCACAAUCUCCAAUCGAUAGAGCCGCUUCCACCGCGCCCUCACCUUCCGCAGCAUUCUUGAAUCGAGCCAGGACCCCAUCCGUCGCAGGAGGCUCACCUCCCACCACGACAUGUACGCCGCUGUACACGACACCUGCCACCGCUUCUAUAUCCACCACGGCGGCCCCGAAUAACAGGUUGCUGGAGCUUCGAUUGAUGCACCAAUUCACCUCAAUGACCUCCAGCACUCUGGUGGUGAAUACCCCCGCUACCCAUGACAUAUGGCAAAACACCGUGCCAAGGCUUGCCUUUGGCGGGGCAAGCUACCUCGCCGACGCCAUGCUCGCCGUAGCGGCGUUGCACCUGCGGUCCUUUAACCCGGACGACAAGGCGCUCGUGAGGGCAUCCCAUUCGUACAUGGCGUCGGCGCUGGCCGCCUACUGCUCAUGCUUGCAGAAUGGUAUCACCGAAGCCAACGCCGAGUCCCUCUUCCUGACCGCAGCUCUCAUCGCUUUCUCAUCCACCGCCACGCGGAUCUUCAUUCGCGACGAGGCCGACCCGAACGACCCCUCCAGCGCCUAUUCGCUCCCUCUCUCAUGGUUCCAUGCGUUCCAGGGCGUCAAGACCGUAGUAGCAACAUCCUGGCCUUGGAUUCGCAAUAGCGGCAUCGUCAUCCCCAUCAUCGACUCUCAGCCCGUUCUCCAGCUCGACCUGGAUGCCACGUCACCUACCUCAUUCUUCGGCAAGCUACUAGACAACUUGGAAGACGAGUUGCAGGGCGAAGACGCCAUUCUGGCCAUGUCGACGAGACAGUCAUACCAACACGCAGUUGCCGUCCUCAACUGGGCACACAAGCUACCCCACCGCGGGGCCGCCCUCGCCUUCCCCGCCACGGUAUCGAAGCGCUUCAUCGAGCUGCUGGAAGAGCGCCGGCCACGCGCUCUCAUCAUCCUGGCCUGCUUCUUCGCUCUGCUGAAAGGAUACGAGUCGGCGGUGUGGUGGCUGCAGGGCGUCGCGCGCAGAGAGGUCAUGGGCAUCGUGUCGCAGUUCGAGGCCACCAGCCCGUGGUGGGCUCACCUCGAGUGGCCCGUCAAGAUCGCCCUCUAUAAGCACAACGUCAUCCCGCCCGACGUCUGGGGAUCGGACUGGAUCACCGAGGAGAACAAGGCCGAGAAGGGUCACAACAUGAGCGCCGAGACCUUUGUCAACCACAUCGAGAUCCUGACGGGGGUGUUUUCGAGAGCGCAACCGCAGAUGCCCGUCCCCGUCUCUACGAAUGCAGUGUAA